AUGCAGUUCUCCGCUUUGUCCAUCUUUGUCUCCGUAAUUGCCAUGAGUCAAUUAGUUGUCGCCAUUCCUGUAAAGAAGCAACGAAACAAUGCGCGAGAGAAAUUCAAGAACGAAAAGUGUCAGAGCCAGGCUUGUAAAGACUCUGUAGAUUCCGGCUGUCCUCUUGACUUCAUCAACUUCCAGCUCGGGGGCUGCGACGAUCCUAGUCAGUGA